AGUAGUAAUUUCAAUUAAAAUGCUGCCUUGAAUUGAAUGAGAUUGUCAACUGCUGUCCUUAAUUGAAAUGCUGAAAGUGAUUCAAACCAAGAAGAGAAAUAUUCCCCCCAUUUUCUAGGGUUCAUAUGGGAAAAUGGAAGCUUGAUGAUAAUAAAGGGUGAAUCCUAUCUUAAUUAGCUAUAAUUUUUAUGAUUUUUUUCUUUCCCGACAAGGAGACUAAUUAUUUAUUUCCUUCUUGGUUCAAAGAAGAACGAAUCAAAUAUGGCAAAUAAAGGCUUUAUUGUGUUGUUUUCCUUGAUCUUAAAUGGUAUAAAUGAGUUUGUUCAGCCAAAUCUUCUUCAUCGCUUUGUUCUGUCUCGGAAGACCCUUCCAUCUCGAGCAGUUUCUUCUAGUGAAAACAAGGAUUUCAUCAGAGUUAAAGGUGAUGGGAAAAGAGGAGAAGUACAAUCAUGGGUUUUACAAACGAUCUCUUCCUACUCCUCCGGCAGUCGAGUUUUCUUCUUCCGAGGGCAAGAAACUUUUUCUUGAAGCCAUUCAGAAGGGAACUAUGGAAAACUUCUACAGGCUAAUUUCUUAUUUCCAGACCCAAUCAGAGCCUGCUUAUUGUGGAUUGGCGAGCCUGUCCAUGGUCUUGAAUGCUCUUGCUAUUGAUCCUGGAAGGAAAUGGAAAGGACCAUGGAGAUGGUUUGAUGAGUCCAUGUUAGACUGCUGCGAAUCUUUGGAAACAGUCAAGUCUAAAGGCAUCUCAUUUGGGAAGCUAGUGAGCUUGGCUCACUGUGCUGGAGCAAAAGUUGAAGCUUUUCGUACUAAUCAUAGCAAUAUUGAUGAGUUUCGUAAAUAUGUCAUGAGAUGUUCCAGUUCUGAUGAUUGUCACGUGAUCUCAUCAUAUGAUAGAUCAGUCCUCAAACAGACUGGUACCGGUCACUUUUCACCCGUUGGUGGUUAUCAUGCUGAAAAGGACAUGGCUCUAAUUUUGGAUGUUGCACGUUUUAAGUAUCCUCCUCAUUGGGUCCCCCUCAAUAUCCUUUGGGAUGCCAUGAGUAAUGUUGAUGAAUCUACUGGACAACGCAGAGGGUUUAUGCUUAUAUCUAGGCCUCACAGGGAGCCAGGACAGCUUUAUACCCUGAGCUGUAAACAUGAGAGUUGGGUUGGCGUUGCAAAAUACUUGAUGGAUGAUGUUCCACUUCUCUUAAAGUCAGAGGAUGUGAAAGACAUUCAGGAAGUUUUGUCUGUUGUUUUCAUGUCUCUCCCUUCCAAUUUUGAGGAUUUCAUCAAGUGGAUUGCAGAAGUUCGGAGGCGAGAAGAUAUAGGCCAGACCUUAAGCAUGGAGGAAAAAGCUAGGCUUGCUGUCAAGGAGGAGGUAUUGAAACAGGUGCAGGAGACUGGUCUUUAUAAACAUGUGUCAGAAUUAUUAUUAUCUUCAAAAAAUUCAUGCUGCAGAAACUUAACUUCUGGUUGUGAAGAAGACUUGCCUAACAUUGCUGCUAGUGUUUGCUGCCAUGGGGCACAGAUCUUAUCGGGCAACUCUGCCUCCCCAUUGGUAUACUGCUGUCAAGAAGCAUGUGUGAAAUGCUUGAAGGCUAAUGGUGACAAGCCAGUCACGGUAGUAUGUGGUACAGUGGUAAAUGGUGGAAGUGAGGAGAAGGUGGACAUGCUAGUUCCUUCAUCCCAAAUGAAUUCGAGUUGCUGUUGUGCUGGCUCAAUAAAUCACAUUGGGCUUCAUCCAGCUAGUAAUGAUGUUCUAACAGCACUUCUACUAGCCUUGCCUCAAAAGACAUGGUCUGGGAUCAAAGAUGUGAAGCUUUUGAAGGAAAUUUACAGCCUUGUUUCCACUGCAAGUCUACCUACCUUGCUUCAAGAAGAGGUUUUGCACUUGCGACGUCAGCUUCACCUUCUCAAGAGAUGCCAAGAAAAUAGGAUAGAAGAGGACCUUGGCGAGCCUCUCUCUUAGAACUCCCUUCCUGUUCCCCAAUGUUUCUAUAUCUCCAAGCACAGUGGGGGCAAUAUUUAUAUUUACUCAUCUGGGAUGUACUUUUUAGGUUUAUAGGAAAAGAGGGGUAUUGAGGCUAUAUCUAAAAGGCCGGACGGACGGAUUAGUGGCAUUUUUAUUCCGACGGAUGGGUUAAAAUGUUGAGCAUGAGGCAAUUUGUAAACUUGACAUCUUCUGUUUGCACCUUUUAGUAAUAUGUUUGAUAUCCAAA